AUGACUCUCAAUUUCAGUAAUGCAAAUUUUCAACGUAGAAAAUGUGUGUAUAUUUUUCUUUUCAUAAUUUUAUUCGCAACUUUUUACUUGAUAGGACAUAAACCAUCCUCAAGCUCAAAUAACUUAAUGGUCCACAAAGAAAAAUAUUUAACUUACCUUCCCCACGAUGGUUUCAAUAAUCAAAGAAUUGAUUUAGAAAAUGCAAUAUUUUUAGCAUGGUUCUUAAACAGAACUCUAAUAAUUCCUCCUUUGUUAUUUUUCAAAGGUGUUACACCAAUCAUAUCACAACCAUAUAAUGAACUAUAUAAUAUUUUAAACCGAUUUAUGCAUCCUAAUGAUGAUUUUAAGAAAAACGAAUUUAAAUUCUGUUUUAGUGAAUAUAAAACAGAUUGUAAUUUUGUAUUAUGCCUUCGAGAAGAUCAAAGCAACUGUAGAACAGUGUCAUACACCAUGUACAAUUGGGAAGAGUUGAUGGAUUUUACAUUUUUGAAGCAACAUAUCAAAUAUAUUCACCGUCAAGAUUUUAAUUAUGAACAUUUACUAGAAUUACUUCAAAUUUAUGACGAUAAAGAUGUUUAUAAUGUAACUAAUGAUCAAUCACAAUAUCAACAACGAUAUUAUGAUGACCCUACAUCAACAAAAGCACUCGUGUAUUUUCAUCGAUUAGAAUUGUUCAAGAAUUACCUGAAAGCAAAUAAUUUAAUGAAUGAAUUGGUACCGAACAAUCCAACGAUAAUCAAUAUUGUAAAUAGAAUUAUUGAUAUAAUUGGAGGAACUAAUAAUUUUAUUGGAGUACAUGCAAGAUUAGGAGAUGGUUACUUUGCCAGGAGUCAAAAUAAAACGAUAAAUGGGAUUAUCGAAAAAAUUCAAACAGAUUUUGAACAUAUUGACAUAAAAAAUGAUAGUACUUGUUUACCAACAAUAAUAUUCCUAGCAACAGAUGUAAAACAUAAUCACAAAUCUCUUCAACCAUUCUUUCAAACUUUUCCAUGUGUAUAUAUGUUAGAUGAUUUUAAUGAUUUAUUAGAACCUUUAAAAUUUUUGAAAAAUCCUAAAGAUG